GUCAUAAACCAGUAUAUAUAAACCUUGAGAUGACUGGCUGUGGACUCAGUGGGGAUCAACUGUAGGGAUGAAGCUGUCAGUGUUGUUGCUGCUGGCCCUGCUGGCUCUGUCCUCAGCCAGUCUGCAGGACAUCGUGAAGAAGAGCUCACUGCACAGAAAAGUUUCCCUACUCAACCCAGAGCUGGAGGACCUAGUGCCUGAACCCACUGGUAAAGUGGUGUCAGGGCCUCUGACUCCUGCUGACCUGGAGCAGCAGCAGAAUCUACCGUCCUCCUCCAUGUUUGGUGAUAACGUUAACCUGGAGUGGCUGACCUGGGAAGGCUCUCUGCCCAACGGAGCCGUUGCAAUCUACAAUGGCUACACUGAGCGCACCGAUUACGUCUGCAAGUACAAGUGCGAGGCUGGCUUCUACAACCCUAACCUGGGGCCAUACUGCCGCUACCCCUAUGGAGACCGUGAGUACUACGCCCCCGAAUUUGAGAUCCUAGCCAACAAAGACAACUUUGAGUUUUUGGAGUGGAAAGAAGGUUCCUACGGUUCAGUGCCCCAAUAUUCAGUCAAGACCUGCCCUGGGGUUGGCAUCUAUGUUGGAAAGAACAAGUAUGGUCUCGGAAAGGUUGUUCCUCAGUUUGAAGCUUUCUUCCUGCCUUGGGAAGGUGAUGAGUACUGGUACAAGAAGUACCAGGUCCUGACCAUCAACAGGGAUGCCUACACCCAGACCAUAACUGAUGUCAAGUACGCAAUUGAUGAGGUCGCCAUUUUCCAGUAUCCUCCUGAGACCAUGCGCAUCUCUGGGGUCACCAACAAUGAGUGCCAGGCCGUGGGGAAGACAGUCACCAUCUCAAAGACCUCAGAGGUGGAGACCACCUGGAACAUAGGCCGAUCCACCAUGCUGGGUAUCACAGCCAGCAUUACAGCUAAAAUCCCCCUCAUCGGCUCCGGGGGCAUUGAGCUAAGCGGUGAGAAGACACUCCAGUUCUCCAGGGGAACCACCAUUGUGGAGGCCCUCAGUCACUCCGUGUCCGUGGAGCUCACUGUCCCACCAAACCACUCCUGCAAAGUUCGUAUGGAGGGACGCAAGAUCAAAGCCGACAUCCCCUACACAGCUCGCCUUGGCCGCACCUACCGCAACGGAGAGACCCAGUGGACGUCCAUAAUGGGGACAUAUGACGGAGUCCAGAUCGGAGAAGUCCGUGCUGUGGUGGACCGCUGUGAACCUGUGGCCGACGCCAAGCCUUGUCCCUAAAAGAC